AUGGCGGUCGUCUCCAACAUGUCAGAGGGAGGCAACGAACCCCAGGAAGACCCCAUCAGUGAGGAACUUUACCAGUUUGAGAGAGAACGUCAGCAGGCGGAGCGUGACCACGACAUCAGGGAGACUCGUUCCAAUCGCACUCAGCGCCAGGAAGAGGACGCCCCUUGGCUGAUGCUUUCUGUCGACGAACACCCGAAUCCUUAUUCCAGCGAGCAGAGCUCUGAUUUCGACCUGUACUCAGUCAGGGAACCGAUCGGUUCUGCCAGGGGACGGAUCCCACCUCCCCCGACUGGACCCCCUCCGCCCUAUCCUUACGACGAGGAAGUUGAGCUUAGCAGAGGUCUCUCGCGUGGUUCGAACUCGAACGGAGAAACUCGCUCCAGGCGCUUUUGGAAUCGUCUUCGUCGACCUGAGCGAAGGGCUCCACCUGUGGACAGCGUCCCACGUCAGAUCACACGUCAAACUGGACAGCAGGCUCCUGCCGCGAGUGACGCCGUUGACCCUCCGCCAUACUUUCGUUUUGAGCCCUCCGGACAGAAUCACGGAGAAGACGAUAGUGAUUUAGAGGAAUUCGCUGUAGUUGUGAGAGCACUCGCCCCCGGCCACGAUCGUGCCUUGGACGAAUUCUGUCAACUUAUGAACGCUGGAAGAGCUGAACUGCGUGCACAGAGCCAUCAGCCAGCACCAGCGCAGAACCUUGCAGACGACAACAACUACAGUGACUUCAGCCAGUACUUUCAGUUUGUGAGCACUGAACGGCGCCCGGAGAGCAAUCAGCCAGCGGCAGCGCAGAAUCCUGCAGACAACGACAUCUACAGUGACUUCAGCCAGUACUUUCAGCUUCUGAACUCUGAACAGCAUCCAGAGAGCGAUCACAACGAGCCAGGUGAAAGUGCAAUAGAGGAUCUCCAAGGAGACCCUGAGCUCCCCCCAUACUCUCCUAACGAAGAAUACACAGGACAGCUGGAAGUCGACCCGUGGGAUGGACAAGACCCGUGGGACUUCUACCUAGCUGCUAUCGAGGCUGGACAAAAUCCGCCGGAGGGCCAGCCAAGAACAUUCCCUGACCUGCUCGAAGUGCACGACGAGUGGCUCCGCACUAUUGAGCGCAACCGUGCCCCGGUCAACAGAGCGGCACCCUGA